AUGUCCGAAGAAGAAGAUAUCAAACACCUUGAAGCCAGUUUAAUAGGAUUGGCUGAAUGUGAGAAGGAAAUGGACAAGGCGGAGAAGGAAGCCGAAAUUUUCAGAAUUAACAAAACUCAAAAGAUUUACCAGAAGAGAAGUGAGAUCUUAAGUAAGAUUCCUACCUUUUGGUACAUUGUUUUGGCCGAAAACGAUGAUUUUGCUGAGUACAUCAGUAGUGAUGACUUGAAAUAUUUGGAGGAUAUUGCAAACAUUUAUGUAGAAUAUGACAUUGCUAACAAUAACCCCAGAGAUUUUAAAAUCAUAAUUUCAUUCGAGGGAAAUUUGAUUCCCAAGCAAACCAUCACCAAAUCGUUCAAGACUCUCGUUAAUGAGCAAGGCGAAGAGUAUUUGACGUCAGAAGCUGUGGAAAUUGAAUGGCCACAGCAAUUACAAAGUAUCAAUCCGAAAACAAUAAAAGCAAACAGUAAGAAGCAAAAUGGUUCAAUGAGUACAGAGGAUAAGAAGAAUUAUAGAAUAGGCAUGAAAUCGUUUUUCUCAUUUUUCACUUGGACUGGUGAGAAGCCAGGUAAAGAAUUCAGAAAUGGUGAAGACUUAGCUAGAUUGAUUGUAGACAAUUUAUUUCCGUAUGCAGUGAAGUACUAUACUGAAGCACUUCCCGCGGGAUCUGAAGACUUCGAUGACGAUGAAGACGAAGAAGACGAGGAGGAUAGUUCUGAGGGUGAGGAGUUGGAUCUCAGUGCGGACGAAAAGGACGAUGAACCGCAGACCAAAAAACAAAAGACGUAA